AUGUUGAUGCUAGUGUUUGUUUCUUGUGCUUUGUCUGUGACCGGGAAAGAUAUCUCGAGUCAAACCCAAUGUCUACCAGAGUUUGGAUGUUUUGUUUCGGAUGGAGUCGUCCCUGUUCCGCAAAAACCAACCACUGUCAACACACAUCUGAAACUGUUCACGCGUUCGAACUCGCACAGUCCGAUCACGAGCUUUGCGGUAGACAAAUUCGCCAGUGAUAUUAGUCAAUUUUCUACAGUGUUGAAUACCACCAAACACACUAAAUUCAUUAUACAUGGAUAUCUGGAUUCCGGAACUAGUUCUUGGAUCAUAGAACUGACAAGAGAGCUCCUUCGGAAAGGGGACUUCAACGUGAUCGUGGUGGACUGGAAAAGCGGAAGUAAUCAGCAAUAUAACCUUGCUGUGGGUAACUCGUUUUUGAUUGGGGCGGAAGUGGCUAAGGUACUGACAUAUCUUCACGAAAACCAAUCGCUCAACUACGGUCGGGUACACAUUAUCGGCCACAGCCUUGGGGCCCAGGUCGCUGGACAUAUUGGGUACCGGGUCAAAGGGAUUGGUCGUAUUUCCGGACUGGACCCUGCCGAGCCAGACUUUCGUGACAAAAGCGCAGAUAGACGACUUGACCAAACUGAUGCAACUUUGGUGGACAUUAUCCAUACCGAUGGGUCAAAGUUUAAACUCUUAUCAGGCUACGGCUUGCUGAGCCCGAUCGGCCAUAUGGAUUUUUAUCCAAACAGGGGCCAACAUCAGCCCGGAUGUGACGAGAAACCCAUAAUCAGUGCCAUAAACAGCAUACUGCACGGAUCCGUAGGUGGAGCCACUAACUCCGUUACAUGUAGUCACCAUCGUGCUGUUGACCUAUAUAUUGAAUCAGUCAAUUCCUUCUGUAAGUUUUACGGACAUGCGUGCUCAUCAGCGUCUGAGUUCGACAACGGCGCGUGCAUGGGCUGCCCCGCAAGUGGUUGCCCUGUAAUGGGCUACGAUGCCGACCGAUCCCUCGAACGGGGUUCCUUUUACCUCAGUACGGCCUCGUCUAAACCCUUCUGUGCGCGUGAGUACUAUGUGGAGAUACACGUGUCUCAUUUCGCAAGUACUUCAUAUGGAGAACUUUUAGUGACUCUGAUGGGUGAAAACGGGAAAUCCGAAGAAAUAAAAUUUUCCCCGCGUAACGAGUAUUUCCGGCAUGACCAGGUGGAGAAACACGUUAUAGGUAUAAACAUCGAUGUUGGCCACGUGACGUCACUGCGCGUGAAGUAUCAGGAACCAAGACACAACCAGCAUACGUCACACACGGCUCAUGAAAUUCGACUGCAUAGCGUCAUUAUCGGGCCUACAGAUAACUCAAACGAUAGAAUAAAAUUCUGUGCACACGAAGACGGCGUUCAUCCUGAUGGCAGCCUCACCUUGUCCUCGCUCUGGGGGUGUUAG